GAAUUAUUAUUACUGGGCAUAGAAAAUAUUUGUGAACAGCAUCUUCCAGACACUGGCAGACAGUUCUGGUGUGUUAUUUUAAGCAUACACUCCGUUCCACUCAGUAGAGGUACAAUUUCUUAACGCCGGCCUAAUCUCCAAUAUUAGUCAUGUCUUAGUCAUUAGGAGCCCGCUGUGCUGUCAAACAUUAUCUUUGUACAAAGCCACUUUUGUUGGAUUUCCGAUGCUCCGUUGAUCGCAUCUCCACCGUCCUUUUCCAUAGCCAGCACCAUCGCUAACCCUUGACUCUCAACUGCUCUUCUCAAACACACUGUCACUAUGGCUCGUGGAAAUCAACGUGAGAAGGCCCGCGAAAAGACUCAGAAAGAGCUAGCUGCGCAGAAGAAGAAAAACACCCAGUCCGGCACCGAGUACGCCCGUACAAAGGAAGCCCAGGCCGCCAUCAUGCGCCAGAAGCAAGAAGCAGCAAAUGCCAAAAAGGCCGCUGAAGCCGCUGCCGCUGGCAAGAAGAAAUAAAGCCAACGCGCGCCGUCAUCCGUUUGUCUACCUGACUUCCGACCUGUGGGGAAACGAUUGAAUAAAAUGUGCCUCCCUUAGCCAAGGAUACUUUUUUCCUUUCUUAAGCGCGGUUCUAAGCGUGUACACAUAUAUUUUGUAUAUAUAUAUGUUUUAUAUGUGUAUAUGUCUACUUUCCCCCACCACAAACCUUCUCUAUCCUGAGAUCAGACAAGACCGGUCGAUUCAAAUUGGCACAAUAAACUUGAAGAUAUACAAGGACAGAGAAAGGUUGUUAUGGAUUGUGGUGGGGGCGGAGGAGAGAAUCAGACAAGUGCAGAAAAGAAUGGUUUUGGUUUCCUGACCUUAUUAAAUGGAAUUGUGUAUGUGUGCCUUUUGGCUUUUUCUGACAUACAAAUAAGGGGUGGGAGCUUUAAGAGACAGAGCUUUUCCUUUUUACUCUUUCCAACUUUCUUACGUUCCCUAUCUUGAGAUGAAAUCUAGGCACAUGAUGAAUUAACAAUUUUCUUUUUUUCAUUAUUUCUGUUUUUGUCGUUGUCAUCGUUGUUUUGCUUAGCGAAGGCGUCGUGAUCCUUACAAACUUUCACUCUUCCCCUUUACCUCAAUAAAUUCAAGUUUUAUAUGCGAGCGUCUAUCCUACAACCCCCCUUCUUUUUCACGUUUUCAACUUUGAUUCCCCUUUUGAACGACUCAGUUAUAGUACUACGCCCAAAUUUGGAGAUAUUGCCAAUUGUCAAGAUGUGAUUCGGUUUUCAAUGCUUGUGCAUUUUCUCACCUCACCUUUUCCACGAGUUUGGGCUAAUAUACCCUGGCGCAACGGACUGUACUGUACUGGAACUGUUAUUAUUAGCUACCGUUGCUUUUUAUUAUCUGUUAGCAGAAAACUUGAUAAUGCCAAGGCAGCUGUUGGUUUAGAAUCAAGUCAACUUUCUUCCCC